AUGGCGGACUACUCGACGUAUCACGCCCUAGGCCAGCCUGGUGCUCCUGAUGAAAACGCAUUGAGACAGCAGUCAGCAACGCAGCCUCCUGCGCAGUCCAGUCCUUCCGCACCUCCUCCACCUGGUUAUCAACAGCCCGGAGCACCAUACGGAGGUGCUCCCCCGAACGCACCGUCCCCUUAUGGAGCGCCCCAACCAUCGAAUUUUGGCCCUCAGUCUGAUGCCGGACAUGGUGCUGGGACUGGCCCAGCGCCCCCAGAAGCUGCAGAAGGAAAUACUAUGGCAGGUUUGACUGCUCAGAUGGGAGGAUUAGGAAUAACGUCGGACGCUGGAGCUCGCGGUCACAAGAAGAAACACCGACACGCGCAUCAUGAUAUCGGAGGUGCUGCUGCUGGUGCUGCUGCCCCACAGGGAUUUCCUCAGCAGAGCGGUGCACCAGGUUCGUCCCAAUUUCUGAAUACUGGUCUAAAUCAACCAGCGUCGCGACCAGUCUCUCCUGCCGCUGCCGCCGCUCCUGGCCCUCAGGCAUCGAACCAAGCAACGGGCGCCACUCCUCAGCCAGGCUUCCAUGGAGCUGGUACAGGCCAGGUUUCUACUCAAGGAAAGGUUGAUCCCGAGCAGAUCCCCAGUGUUCCCAGGUCUCGCGACAUCCCUGCGCAGUACUACUAUAAUCAUGUCUACCCGACUAUGGAACGACACGUUCCGCCUCCGGCGGCGAUUCCCUUCGUGGCCCAUGACCAAGGAAAUUCGUCUCCCAAAUACGCUCGCCUGACCCUGAACAAUAUUCCCUCGACGUCCGACUUCCUCAGCUCAACCGGUCUGCCAUUGGGGUUGGUUCUACAGCCCCUGGCGCGAUUGGAUCCUGGGGAACAACCCAUCCCGGUUAUAGAUUUUGGCGAGAGCGGGCCGCCGAGAUGCCGCAGAUGUAGGACCUAUAUAAAUCCGUUUAUGGUGUUCCGGGCUGGGGGGAACAAGUUCGUCUGCAACAUGUGCACGUUUCCGAACGAGGUGCCUCCGGAAUACUACGCACCGCUCGAUCCGUCCGGCGCCCGCGUUGAUCGUAUGCAACGGCCGGAGCUGUUGAUGGGGACCGUUGAGUUCCUGGUGCCAAAGGAAUACUGGGCGAAAGAGCCUGUUGGCCUGCGGUGGCUCUUCUUGAUCGAUGUCAGUCAAGAAGCCGUGAAGCGAGGGUUCCUUGAAGGGGUAUGUGAGGGCAUUAUGCGCGCGCUUUACGGCAGUGAGGGUGGCACACCCCAGGAAAAUGAUGGCGAGACGACAUCCAGGAGGAUCCCUGAAGGCUCAAAAGUUGGCAUUAUUACUUUUGAUAAAGAAGUACAUUUCUAUAAUCUUAGCUCCCGACUCGAGCGCGCUCAGAUGAUUGUGAUGACCGAUUUGGAGGAACCAUUUGUUCCGCUCAGCGAGGGUCUCUUCGUGGACCCCUAUGAAUCGAAGGCGGUGAUCACGUCCCUUUUAACGCAAUUACCCACCAUUUUCUCUCAAAUUAAGAACCCGGAGCCUGCGUUGUUCCCUGCCAUCAACGCAGCUCUGUCAGCACUACAAUCCACCGGUGGAAAGAUAGUGUGCUCGUUGGCAAGCCUACCCACCUGGGGCCCCGGCAGGCUCGUCAUGAGGGACAACGGGAAAGGGCUUGGAGCGGACGGCGAAAAGAAGCUAUUUACUUCUGAAAACCCCGAAUGGAAGAAGACGGCCAACAAACUGGCCGAGAGCGGGGUGGGCAUCGACUUUUUCAUUGCCUCGCCUGGUGGUGCCUCUAUGGACGUGGCGACGAUUGGCCAUACGGCUGCUGUCUCUGGCGGGGAGACGUUCUUUUACCCCAACUUCCACGCUCCUCGGGAUAUCCUGAAGCUCUCCAAAGAAAUCGCCCACACCGUCAAUCGGGAAACGGGAUACCAAGCUCUAAUGAAAGUCCGCUGCUCGAAUGGACUUCAGGUCUCUUCAUAUCACGGCAAUUUCCUUCAGCACACAUUUGGUGCUGACCUAGAAAUCGGAACCAUUGACGCCGACAAAGCUCUGGGAGUUCUCUUCACCUACGAUGGAAAGCUGGAUCCUAAACUCGACGCUCACUUCCAAGCGGCUCUCCUUUACACUACUGCAAGCGGCCAGCGACGAGUUAGAUGUAUCAAUGUUGUAGCAGCCGUCAACGAGGGCGGGCUGGAGACGAUGAAGUUCAUCGACCAAGAUGCCGUCGUGGCCAUUAUUGCCAAGGAAGCGGCAUCGAAGGCGGCAGACAAGCCCCUGAAGGACAUUCGUGCCGGUAUCACCGAAAAGACGAUCGAUAUUUUCGCUGGCUACCGCAAGAACUUCUCGGGCUCACAUCCUCCUGGUCAGCUUGUGUUGCCUGAGAACCUCAAGGAAUUCUCGAUGUACAUGCUCGGCUUGAUCAAGUCGAGAGCCUUCAAGGGAGGCGUUGAGACGGUAGACCGCCGUGUUCACGAACUGCGGAUGCUACGUUCGAUUGGUGUCACCGAGUUGUCGCUGUACCUCUACCCGCGCAUUAUCCCGAUUCAUAAUUUGAGACCAGAAGAGGGAUUUGCCAACGAGCAAGGCCAGCUACAGGUUCCGCCUACGUUGCGUGCUAGUUUCUCCAAGAUCGAAGAAGGCGGGGCCUAUCUGGUUGAUAACGGUCAGAUCUGUCUCCUGUGGCUGCACGCGCAGGUGUCACCCAACUUGCUGGAAGACCUGUUCGGGCCGGGAAAGACAUCGCUGCAGUCGCUGAAUCCGGCCAUGUCGUCCCUUCCAGUGUUGGAGACGCAUCUCAACGCCCAAGUGCGCAACCUCUUGCAGUACCUGUCCACGGUGCGAGGAUCCAAGGCGGUCACGAUCCAACUGGCGCGACAAGGACUGGACGGCGCCGAAUACGAGUUUGCGCGAUUGCUGGUGGAAGACCGGAACAACGAGGCGCAGAGCUACGUCGACUGGCUGGUGCACAUUCACCGGCAGAUCAACCUCGAGCUGGCGGGACACCGCAAGCGCGAGGACGGCGGGAGCUCGGGAGAGGGAGCGUUAUCGAGUCUGACGGGCCUCCGACCGCCAUACUGGUAG